AUGCGUAUUCUCACCGCACUCCUCGCCCUAGCCACCUCGACUAUGGCAGAGACACUCCUAUACAGCAACCCGCUGAACUCAACCGCCGACGUCGCAACCUGGGUGGCAGAGGGCCCCCUCACCGUAGCAGCCGUCAACGAUACCCUCGAGCUCUCGGGCGGCGGCAACCCAGACGACUACUUCGUCUACUGGGUCCCCGAAGUCUUCCCCGACGGCAUCCGCAUCACUUGGGAAUUCUCCCCGCGCAACGAACCCGGCCUGGCCAUGUUCUUCUUCGGCGCCGCCACCGUCGCCGACGACGGCAAGGGGUCCAUCUUUGACCCGUCCCUCAAGCCCAGGAACGGGAGCUACCCACAGUACCACUCCUCCGACAUACGUACGCUGCAUGCGUCCUACUUCCGCAGGCGCUGGCCCGAAGAGAGGGCGUUCCAUCUGGCGAACCUGCGCAAGUCACCUGGUUUCCACCUUGUUUCUCAAGGCGCGGACCCCUUGCCCCCCGUCCCUGAUGCCGCUGGUGCGUUUUACAAGAUUGAGGUCAUCAAGGACAAGCGCGAGGUGAAGUUCCGCAUCAACGACUUGCCCAUCUUUGAGUUUUACGACGACAAGUCCACGGGACCUAUUAUCCGGGACGGAAGAAUUGGGUUCAGACAGAUGCAACCUCUUGUUGCGAGAUAUCGUAACCUUCAGGUAUGGAAGCUUUGA